AUGAAAAAUAGAAAAACAGCUAAAAAGUUUAUAGUCUAUAUCAAAUUAAGUAUUAUGUUAUCAAUUAUAUUAGAAUUGAUGUUUCUAAAAUAUUCCCUUAAAUGUGUAUGGCUUUUUACAUUAAUAACAUUGUAAAAACAAAAAAUAAUUUAAUUUGCAUCUUAUUAUCUAUGUCUAAUAAAAUAAGGAUUUAAUCUUUAUGACAAUAACUAUCUUUUUAUAAGUAUUUCUAACAUGAUAAUCUCAAAAGUGGAGGAUUGUCAUUUAAACAUUUUGCUCUUUGUAAUCUAAUAGUGCUAUUUAUUAUUUAGUAUCUACAAUCAAAGUAGUACUUUCUAAUAUAGAUUUAUAUAACAGAAAAAAAACAUUUUUUUGAUAUGUCAAAGUUUGUAAUAAAGCAACUUAAUUAUCUUAGAAAUCAGAAAAGAAACUGUAUAAAAUGAUAAAAUAAAAUGA